UUCAUAGUCGUUUUGGCAGGAGUCUUGCUGGUGUGCGGCAAAGGCAAGAAGCAAAAUUUCGUCGUCGUGUGAAUGUGUAUGCGUGUAGUGUCCUCACUCACCCAGAGUUCGCUCGUGGAACGUCAUAAUACGCAUUCUCAGUUGGUGUUACGGGUGUGGGAGUCAAGAACAAAGAUAUCAAAGUUGAAAUAUCAAUACACCAACGGCAAAAAUCAAAUUGAUAAACCUAGUUUCGGUUAAUUUGUAUCCUUCCCCAUUAAUCACGGAAGCUGAUAAAGUUGGGAGUACGCGUAACGGUAUUGUGCAAAGAGGGCGGCCUUCGGUGCUGACAAAAGGCCCCGUGGAGGUGAGAUUUUUCAUACGCAGCUAGCGGAGUUGAGGAAACAGUUUCAGAUCCACCGAGUGCUGGACACCCACAUCCACAGUGGAUUGAGUGAUCAUUGUAAUUGUUUCAAUAUUCGCAAUUGACUCGAGUAAAGUUUGUUAUUUUUUUUUUGUGAUAUCGAGUACUGAUUUGGAGCACGGAACAAGGGAGUGAGAGAGAUAAAGAGGAUAGGCUCAAGUGCAGACGUGUGCGAGUUGUUGCCUUGGAGGUCAUCGGGAAUAAAUUUUUAUUUUUUAUUCGAGUGACGGUUCGGCACAUCACAAGGAACAACUGAGAUGUCUACACCAGCGAGACGAAGACUCAUGAGGGACUUCAAGAGAUUACAAGAGGACCCACCAACUGGUGUCUCCGGUGCUCCCACUGACAAUAAUAUCAUGAUAUGGAAUGCCGUUAUUUUCGGACCUCACGACACACCCUUCGAGGACGGUACCUUCAAGCUUACUAUAGAGUUCACAGAAGAGUAUCCAAAUAAACCACCCACAGUUCGAUUUGUUAGUAAAAUGUUCCACCCGAAUGUUUACGCAGACGGUGGCAUCUGCCUUGAUAUCUUGCAGAAUCGUUGGAGUCCAACUUACGACGUCUCUGCUAUACUCACAUCAAUCCAGUCGUUAUUGGACGAGCCAAAUCCGAAUUCACCGGCGAAUUCACUGGCAGCGCAGUUGUACCAGGAGAACAAGAGAGAGUACGAGAAGCGUGUUGCCACUGUUGUCGAGCAGUCCUGGCUAAAUUUUCAGGAGAGUCACGUAGACGAUGCCCGUUGACAUUAGUCCACAAUGGCAAAACCUCCAGACGCCAUCACUGGAGACAUCCAGACGCUUUCAAUCUCAUUAUCACAUACGCAUGAUCCAUCCCCAUGAUCGAAAAAUACGUUAUCAGAAAUGAGGAGAUGAAAUAAACCAGUCAAAUCUGUUCUAGCUGCUCGCCGACGCGUACUAGUUAUAGUCCGGAUGGCCGUGGUGAUCCUGUAUCAGUGGCGGUGGUCAUGAGACUUUAUGAGGGAUUUUCAUGGUUUUUGGGUUGUUACUUCCGAAAAAUCAGACGUUGUGAUUGUUGUUAACAAGGCGGAGAUGAAACGUUUAUAGUUUUCAGUCAAAAUCUCUGAACUUCAGGACCACAGAAUGACAUACAGAUUUUUUAAGCAGUUUUUCGAGCUGUACGUCUUCAAUUCAGUAGUGAAGUGGUAAACGGAGAUGAGUCAACUCAUCUCCCAGUUGAGUUUUUGAGGAAUAUUUCC